AUGCUUCGCCUUGUGUGUACAAGGCGCCGUCAGGCGGUCGCACUCUUCACCAUGAAAAGCUUUCGGGCCCGACAGAAGAUUCUGCUGACUCCACAGAACGUAACGACUGUAUUCAUGGAGAAGUUGGACCCGCAGGAUCGUCUGCUGCGGCAGUCUAGUGUUGGCGCAGGGGCCAGUCGUAUUUUGGUGCUUGACAAAAAACAGCGGGUUCGCGGGGUCUACCACCCUCUGCUAUGCCUUCCGUACCCAAUUGAUGGUGCUGGCGUGUUGGGAAUUCCUGUGGAGUCGUAUCUGCAGCGCAUUCAGCAAAAACAGCGGGCUGCUGAGGAUUUGGCGGAGGGGUGCACAUUUAUCGUGGUUGCUCAUGCCAAUGGCCUUGGUUUUGCUGUUUACGCGGCAGACGGAGGUGUCUGUUUCCCCCUAGUGAACAUAAAGCUCCCUGCGCAGCGAGGUACGGGCCUAGGCAUGAUGAAUGAACGUGACAUGGUUCCUUUUUUAGAAACGACAAGUCUCGUGGAAGAUUUUGCAGAUGUUAUGACAGAAAGCUACACGGAACGUGUACGCCCCUGUAGCACUUUCUUUUUCUUGUCAAACGCCAAUACGUCCAUUUCUUUUUCUGGUAUUAAGACGGCGUGGCAACUGCGGGGUUACGUUGACACGUCACCUCUAAGCUUUGAGGACAAGCGGUGGGUCUCGCUACCAGACAUGGUUGCUCAACGGGAUCGUAACACGUGGCUCUACUGUCGCGAUGAUAAGGGUGACAAGGUGGUUAGUGAAAAGGGACUUGCCGCGGGGGUGAAAGUGGGGAUGCUAGAGCUUGAUACAUGA